CCAGUAGUGCAUCAGUGUAUGCAUUGUGUUGAAGCAGAGCGUCGUGGGUUGCUGUAGCAGCAGACGUAUCAACACACCCUCCCCCCCCCAGGGUCACGUUCGUCAGAUGAAUAGCUGAAAAAGAAAAGCAAGAAGUGUCUCACCUGUCUGCUGCUUGUUACAGGUCCCCUCCUGGCCAGCCUCCGUCCACACACUCCAUCCUUUAACACACGCUAACACUGCUGCCACCAUUGUCAGAAACACCCUACCGGCACCAUUCCAGCACAAAGUUACCACUCCAUCCUCACAAGCGAACCAGUGUGCUCUCCACAAACACACACUCGCCCUUUGACCUCAUCAGGAGCAAUAUGCUGAGCCAGGAGUUCCUGCAGAGGCUGAGGUUGCCAGACCUGGAGGAUGUCAGCCAGUACAUCAGCAGUGUCUCCGCCCCCAUGUUAGUCAGCAUGGGGGCAGUGGCAGCUGCAACAACCUACUACCUGGCCACACGACCCAAGCCCCUCCCACCAAUCUGUGACCUUAACAUGCAGUCAGUCGAGAUUCCAGAUGGAGAGUUUGCACGCCGGUCGGUUCUGAUGAAUGGAGACUCUCUCUUGACACAUUACCACGAUGAUGCCAGAACCAUGUAUGAGUUUUUCCUCAGAGGGGCCCGAGUAUCAAAUAACGGCCCCUGUUUGGGCUCCAGGAAACCAAAGAAGCCCUAUGAGUGGAUGUCCUACAGCCAGGUAAGGGAGCGAACAGAGAAUCUGGGUUCAGCAUUUCUUCACAAAGGACACUCCAAGACCACCGACUCCAAUGUUGGCAUCUUCUCUCAGAACAGACCUGAGUGGACCAUCAGCGAGCUGGCUUGUUACACCUAUUCUCUGGUGUCGGUCCCUCUGUAUGACACACUGGGGACAGAAGCCAUCACCUACAUUAUAGACAAAGCUUCCAUCUCCACUGUUGUGUGUGACGUGGUGGAUAAAGUGAACCUGGUACUGGACUGUGUGAAGGACAGGGAACACUCUGUGAAAACCAUUGUAGUGAUGGAGACGCCCAGUGCGGACCUGGUCAGCAGGGGGCAGCAGUCUGGGAUCCACAUCCUCAGCAUGCAGGAGAUGGAGGCUAUCGGGAAGGAAAACCAUCGCCAACCAGUGCCUCCAAGACCAGAGGACAUGGCUGUCAUCUGCUUUACCAGCGGAACAACAGGAAACCCAAAGGGGGCGAUGUUGACUCAUGGGAAUAUAGUGUCCAACUGCUCGGCCUUCAUGAAAGUGACAGAGGUUCGCUGUCCAUUGCAUCCCAGUGAUGUCCAUAUUUCCUUCCUGCCCUUGGCUCAUAUGUUUGAGAGAGUAGUACAGGGAGUCAUGAUAGUGCAAGGAGCCAGUAUUGGCUUUUUCCAGGGCGAUAUCCGUUUGCUGUCAGAUGACCUGAACACACUGAAACCUACCGUGUUCCCUGUGGUUCCCCGACUCCUCAACAGGAUGUAUGAUAAGAUCUUUGGGCAGGCCAACACCACCCUGAAGCGUUGGCUGCUGGAAUUUGCUUACAGAAGGAAGGCGGCAGAGAUAAUGAAAGGUAUCGUGAGGAGAGACAGUAUCUGGGAUCAACUCAUAUUCAGAAAAGUCCAGGCCAGUCUCGGAGGCCGUGUGCGUCUCAUGUUAACAGGAGCUGCUCCCAUCUCUCCUGCUGUCCUCACCUUCCUCAGGGCUGCCGUUGGCUGUCAGUUCUAUGAAGGCUAUGGACAAACAGAGUGUACUGCUGGAUGUACCAUCACCCUGCCCGGAGACAGUACUGCAGGUCACGUUGGCGCUCCUCUGCCCUGUAACUCCAUAAAACUGGUGGAUGUGGCUGAGAUGAACUACCUGGCAUCGAACGGGGAAGGAGAGGUGUGUGUGAAGGGUCCUAAUGUGUUCAAGGGCUAUCUUAAGGACCCCGAGAAGACGGAGGAGACCAUCGAUGAAGAUGGUUGGCUUCACACCGGAGAUAUUGGAAAAUGGCUUCCUAACGGCACACUGAAGAUCGUGGACAGGAAGAAGCACAUCUUCAAGCUUGCACAGGGGGAGUACAUCGCUCCUGAAAAGGUCGAGAACAUCUACACGAGGAGUGAUGCAGUGGCACAGGUCUUUGUGCAUGGCGACAGUCUGCAGGCUUGCCUGGUAGCAGUGGUGGUUCCUGACCCUGACUUCCUCUCUGGCUGGACCAAGAGGACCCUAAAACUGGAGGGCAGCUACCAGGAACUUUGUGACAGAGCGGAAGUCAAGACGGCGAUCUUGGAGGACUUGGUGCGACUCGGAAAGGAAGGAGGCCUCAAGUCCUUUGAGCAGGUGAAGGCCAUCUGCAUCCACAACGAGCUGUUCUCAAUCGAGAACGGCCUGCUCACUCCAACACUGAAGGCAAAGAGGAACGAACUGCGACAAUACUUCAGAUCCCAGAUCGAUGAGCUGUACGCAGGGAUCAAAAUGUAGAACGAGAGGAGAGCGACCAGAGAAGAAAGGAGAGCAUGCACAUGAGAUCUACCUGAGAUUGAGGGAAAGGGAAGAUAAAGACAGAGAGGUUGAAGCUAAAGCACAAGAAGGGAAAAAGUGAAGUCCUUGAGGACCCAAAGGAUUAUCAGGAACAGUAACACAAGAAUGGACAGGAAUGGGGGAUGAUGUAGCUUUUAAUGAAGUUCUGAAGUUGAUUUUUGAGCAUUUAGAACAAAACCAAUGGACCAUCAGAUCUGUGGCAUCUGAGUCCAGGCUAAAUGUUAUGCCUUAAAGAGGUGUGUCUAUUGAUGAAUAAGUUUUCUCUUUGCUGCCUAAAGUACAAAUUCUGUUAUAAAGAGUUAAUUCUAAUCAUUUGGAAAUAAUGUCUCCAAGAAGGGCUUUCAAAAGGGAAUGUCAAAGUGCAGUUUGUAGCAUCAUAUUUCUCAGGACUUCUGUGUCAGGUAUCUCUUAAAGGCCACCUACACACACACACACACACACACACACACACACACACACACACACACACACACACACACACACACACACACACACACACCUUUUAACCUAACAGGUGAUGAGAGAAGAGUGGACCACCAAUAGAGCUUCACUGAGGGAUCAAUUUGGAUUAGCAGCCAUAUUGAUGAACUGAUCCAAACUCUAACAUUUCAGUGUCUGUGAUGAGAUUUUAUUAUCAUAUUUCAUGAUUUUAUUUCACUGUGUUUUAUGAAUUUGUUCUUAGGAAGUGGAAAAAUCAACAAUUGUAAUCAGGAGUGUUGCUGAAUCCUUAAAUCAUUCAAUGAAUAAGCUUUGAUUUAUUCAGGACUCUGGGAACAAGCAAAAUGAGCCAUAGUGGGGACGGUCUAAAUGAAGCUAUCUAUACACGGGUCAUUCAGGUACCGAGGAACAUUCAGGAAAUAUGGAUACUGUCAAUGUUUUAAUUUAUUUAUGAUGUUAACGUGAAGGGAAGACAUUUUUUUUGUGAAGGAAUCAAAAAUGUAAAGUUAUUAGAUAAUAGAAGAGUGAGAAUGUACAACUUGAAGGAAAUCCUCUUGUGUGUUUUUGGUUUAAAAUUCAUGGCAGUACUUUUGACGAUGGUGUUGCAAUAAUAGUUUUAUGUCAUUAAAACAUUUUUGUAAAUAUUUUAAUUAAAAACUAUACUAAAAAAACA